AUGCCCUCCUAUCAUUGUGAUGGAAUCUGUCAAGAAGCCCUCACUCCUUUUUUUCUUGCCGAUAACACUGUCGCUGUUGCAAACUUGGUGAACGUUCCUAAGACCUGCCGGACGUUCUGUAAGAAAUGUGGCAAACACCAACCCCAUAAAGUGACACAGUACAAGAAGGGCAAGGAUUCUCUGUAUGCACAGGGAAAGCGGCGGUAUGACAGGAAACAGAGUGGCUAUGGUGGGCAGACCAAGCUAAUUUUCAGGAAAAAGGCUAAAACUAUAAAGAUUGUGCUGAGGCUUGAGUGUGUUGAGCCUAACUGCAGAUCUAAAAGAAUGCUGGCUAUUAAGAGAUGCAAGCAUUUUGAACUGGGAGGAGAUAAGAAGAGAAAGGGCCAAGUGAUCCAGUACUAA